UGUUUUACAAAACACUCACUUGCCCUCGUUCAAUUCGAAGUUGAUAUUGUCACCAAACUGAACUGUUCCCACUACACGAAAAACUUGUCAUACUAGCAUCACUUUUACAUACACGCGUUCACUCGACUCGACUGUGUUCCAUUAUGGAUGUUCAACUAUAUGUCUACGACUUGAGUCAAGGACUUGCGAGGAUGAUGUCGCAAAGUCUGCUCGGUAUUCACAUUGAUGCUGUCUACCACACUUCUCUAGUCUUUGGAGGUGUCGAGUACUUCUAUGGCGCCGGCGUGCAGACUUGCUAUCCCGGCUCUACUCACCAUGGUCAACCUAUGGAGAAGAUCAAUCUAGGCAAGACGGAAAUCCCUUUGGACGAUAUUCUGGAAUACCUUGAUUCGUUGAAAGAGACGUAUACUGCUGAGUCAUAUGACUUAUUCAAGCACAAUUGCAACAACUUUUCAAACGACUUUUCGAUGUUCCUGGUUGGCAGGGGAAUUCCGGACCACAUUACCGCCUUGCCCGAAACCGUGCUCAAUACUCCUUUCGGAUCGAUGAUGAAGCAACGUCUCGACGCAGAGAUGAGACACAUCACUCAGGCUGCUGUGCCUCCGGAAAAUAAUCCUAUGAUCCAGAGGGAGCGUAAGCAACAGAGAGAGGAGGCCAACCGUUCAACUCAGAAUGGUAUCUCUGCUUCUAGCUCCGCCUCCUCUCCUACAGCAACGCAUCAAAAUGGACCAGAUCAAACUCCGCCCAAGAAGAAGCCUAAGAAGCUCGAAGUUCGUAGCGCCGGAAGUGCUGAUCAAACGAAUGGUGAUGCACAGACUACACCUAAAAAGCACCCCAAGAAACUCGAAGUACGUGACGCUGCUGCAGCGAAGGCCGACAGUGUACACGGCUCGGUAUACAAUGUGACACAGCCUUCGUCAGUCGACAAUCUACUUGCAGGAGCGCAGGACAAGUGUGCUGUGAUUUUCUUCACGUCGAGUACUUGCGGUCCCUGCAAGAUGGCAUACCCUACGUACGACUCCCUUGCAGCUGAGCACACCAAUAUUCCCUUUAUCAAGGUUGAUAUCAACGAGGCUCAGGCACUUGCGUCUAAGUACCAAAUUCGUGCGACACCAACUUUCAUGACCUUCUUACAUGGCAAAAAGGACAACGAGUGGAGUGGUGCCAAUCCCGCGCAAUUGAAGGCGAACGUCGAAUCCCUUCUCCAACAGGCCUUCCCUCCCCACCCUCAUUUCCAGGUCCGUGUACCGACCCUCCAAUUCGGAAGGCUCAGUCCCGUGACCUACUCAAAGAUCCCGCCAUUAGACAAAGUUUUGGCCAAGAUGGGUGAUCAGGCAAAGGACCCGGCUGUGAUCGCAAUGAAGAACUUCAUCUCAGCUCGCUCUUCGAGUGCGUCAGAUCUUCCCACUCUACCGGAUCUUCCUGCCUUUACCCGCUGGCUACGUCAGACGCCCAGCCAGCUAGCAUCAGACUCUCUAUUCACAGCGUAUGAUGUACUGCGUUGUGCGCUUGUUGAUCAGCGAGUAAGCGGAUGGUUCACUGAAGAGUCUACUCCUAGAGACCCGGAGACACUCACGUCCUUGAUCAAUCACGUUCUGAAUCUGAUCAAUGAUGACACAUGUCCUUACAACUUGAGGCUCGUCACGAUCCAAUUGGCCUGCAACUUGUUCACAUCAGAUCUGUUCACAAAGUCAGCGUUCAGCAGCGCGCACAGCAGCGGCUUACCUGCAAUGCUUGUGCAGGUAGCAACUUCAAGCUUACUGGCCGAACCUGACAAGCCUGCCGUUCGUGCCGCUGCUUCUUCGCUGGCGUUCAACAUCGCAGCCACUGUUUACAGACUGCGUAGGGAAGAGAGCCGCGAGGCUAUGGAGGAGGCUUCGCAGGUUGAGCUUGCUGCUAGCCUGCUAGAGAUGAUAACCACCGAGCUCGACAGCAGGGUUGAUAAGAAGGACGCCACAGGCACAGAUAUGCUCAAGACAGCAACGUUCGCGUUUGCCUAUCUGAUCUACUGUGCCCCACAAGGUGGAGAGCUGCACGAUCUAUGCAGUGCAUUGGAUGCAAAGUCUUCCAUUCUGAGAUUGAAGCACUUCAAAGACCUUGAGAAGAUUGCAUCCGAAGUCGGUGAACAACUGUUGGGAAAGAAUUGGUGAUCCACAAUAUGCGGUGCAGCCCGACUGAUAGAUGACUAGAUACCCUACGAUAGAUUUCAUGCAUAGAACAUGGCACCCGACGACUACAGUACACACCGCUAAAAUCUCAAAAGAGGGCGUUCUUCCUGCAAUCUGAAACACGGCAAUGAGUGAAAGGAAUUCCGAUCUGACACUACGCAUCGCGAUGCACGCUUUCGCAAAGACCAUGUUUUGAUGUUGAUGUGUUGCGAGGGUGAUGGGCACAAUGGCUUCAGGGCGCCAGCGCUCUUGCCACAAACUGGCCCGGGUGCCUGGGCGUCACUUCCCAAACAUCA